AUCUGUUUUGGUAUCUCUCGAUUGGCGUCACCUGCUCGUUGUUGUCUGAUCGUUCGGCCUUAUCCUUACUGGUUCCUCGACAUCUCCAUCAUGGCAGACGAAGCGGCCGACGUGGCCGAGGAUUAUCGGCAAGCCCUGGAAGAUCUCACGGUUAACUCUCGUAUCGAGAUCGCGACAUUGACCAACAUCGCGCGAGAGAACGCAAGUCACGGCUUCGCUAUUGCCGAGGUGCUGGCGAGCCACAUCAAAAAGGCGCCUCCCACACGAACCCUACCGGCGCUGUACGUCCUCGAUUCCGUCGUCAAGAAUGUCCCGACGCCUUACGCGCUCUAUUUCGGCCCGAAGCUCUAUUCCAUCUUCAUGGGUGCCUACACCAAGGUGGACAACGCGACAAGGCGAAAGAUGGACGAGAUGCUCAAGACAUGGAAGGAACCGGUGCCGGGCUCCCUAUCGACCAAGCCGGUCUUCCCCCCCGAGCAGGUCCGGCCGAUCGAGAACGCUCUGAUGGCGGCCCGGAACGCCGCUUAUGCCGCCCAGCAAAACAGCUACCAGGGCCAGCAGCAGCUCAUGCGCGGCCGCCCGCCCGCCCCGAGCCGAGACACGCCGACACCUCCCACUGCGAGGUCAUUUCCACCCCCACAGCAACCCCCUUAUCCAGGAUCCAACGGACAUCGGCCAGACGCGGCGCCGCAGCCGUAUCCGAUGCAUCCAGGAGGCAAUCCAAGUGCGAUCCCUCACCGUGCAACACCGCAGCCUGCUCCGUCUGCCGGGCCUUAUCCCCCUUACCAGCCUCCGGCGGCGGGGUCAGUCUAUGGCACUCCGCAACCAGGGAUAAGCAUAGACAAGUUGAAAGAUGAUAUCCAGCAACUGAUCAUUGCGGAAAGGGCGGAAUUUGCACAGAAUCCACUUGAUACUAGUAAACAGACCAGACUGAAGGCGUUGCUGGACUUGCAAACAAUAAUCCAGAGCCAAGACAUGCCUCAGGAUCAGUUGAUGAUCAUUAGAGAUCGAGUUGCUGAACUUGCUGUAAAAAUACGCCCGCAGCCGCCAGCCACGGCCGGCCCUGCUGGGAGCGGUGUGACCGCGCCCAACACCGCGUAUCCAGGAGUUUCGUACACCAGCACUCCAACACCGCCGGCUGUGUCUCAGCAGCCGACGCCCGUGCCCUCGACAGCCGCGGCGGCGGUCGCCGCGGCUCUGGCGCGUCCUUCAUCCGCUGCGCCGGCUCCUCCGGCUCCAAGCGGGGGCCUGUCAAUCGAUUCGAUCUUCGGCCAAGGCGCCCUGGCGACACUCUUGUCAGAAGCCGCGCGGAAGUCGGCCACGCCUCAGCAGACUCCCACACCACAGCCUCCUCCCCCGGCAGCCCCUAGCCCGGCCAUCGGACCGGCGGCGGCGGCAGCAAUAGCGGCUGCGUUGCGGCCGCCGCCUUCGCAAGGGUCUACCGAACCACCCAAAUCCGCAGCCACUGUUGCUUCCGCACCCGCUCCCGCUCCCGCUCCGCCUCCUCCUGCUGCUGCUCCUCUUCCGACAGACCCGUCAGCGCUGCUGGCCCUGUUGAGACAGUCCGGUCUUCUCAAACCCGGCGCCACACCAACACCCGCUCCGGCGACUCCCGUGCCGCCCGGUCUGGGAUCGGGCGGUCACCAGUCCCUUGCCGGCGUCUCGUCCACGCCGACUGGCAACCCGCAGCUCACCACUACUUCGUUGAAGACCUUCCGCCCACAUCUGAUCGCGCAACUCCACGAAAACCUCGGUCCGCCCUGCACUCAAUGCGGCCGCCGCUUCGGGACGGACGAGGAAGGGCGCCGCAGGAAAAUGGCACACAUGGAUUGGCAUUUCCGCGUCCACCAGCGCAUGAACGACGCCGAGAAGCGCGGGCAGCAUCGCAGCUGGUAUGUCGACGAGACGGACUGGAUCCGGUCCCGCGAAGCCAUCGACGCGGACUAUGCCCACCCGCAGGAUGCCUCGUCCUCCUACUACUACUCCUCCGACGGCCGGCACCACUCCUCUUCCGCAUCGCCUGCUGCCCUCCACCACACGACGAUCAACACCAAGCGGCAAGGCGGCUCCUCCGCGGCGGGCGCCUCCGCCGCCUCCCGGGUCCCGUACCUCGCCGUGCCCGAGGACUCGUCCCGCGUCAACAGCGCGUGCCCGAUCUGCCAGGAGAAGUUCGAGAUGAAGUGGCUGGACGAGGCGCAGGAGUGGGUGUGGACGGACGCGGUCCGGGUCGGGGAGCGCGUCUUCCACGCGACCUGCCAUCGCGAGGCCUACGGCGUCUUGCCGUUGUCCGAAGGGGGCCCCGGCUCGGCUUCGGGAUCCGGGGUGUUGGGGAAGAGGAAAGCCGAGGACGAGGCUGGUGGGUUGAGGGGGAAGUUGAAAAUGGAGGGAUACUGAUAGAUAAUAAAAAAAAAGGAGGAGAGGGAGUUGGGCUGGUCGCAUCAUCACGGCGCGAGAGCGCUUGGGGCGAGGGUUGUUGUGCAUCGCUGAGCGAAGGGAAUCAUCAAUCAUCCGUCGCUCGUGGGCGACGUUUGGGGCAGAAGAGCUGCUUCGGCUCUUGGCUCCAUCCCGGCAUUGCUGUCUCGUC